AUGUAUCAAGCAGAGAUCGAGCCAAUCUUAAAGGUCGUUUUAGGCAAAGAAGAAGUCCCUCUCAAGAAUUAUAGAUCAAGAAAAAAACUAUUAGACCAAUGACUAGUAGAAGUUCAGCAAACACGAAGAUAUACAAUUUUUAAUAAAUAUGCCAUAAUCUAGUCUAAAAAUGGCUUGAAUUUCUCACUAGACAAUUCAUUAAAAAAAACCACACACUUAUCCGAAAAUCGAAGAAAUGAUAGCAGCAAACACAUGCGACGAAGAAUUUGCUAGGCUUUACCUAACAUGAAUCACCCAGCUAAACGAAAACCCUAAAUGUGGAAUCCCAGCCCCCGAAAAGCCGAAAAAGCCAUUUUCAGAAAACCCGAGAUCUCCUUACAUAAUACACAAAUUCAUUAAAAUUUUUGAAUCCAGAGACAAUGAAUAUAUGAAAGCAGGGAUGGUCAAAAUGCUUUUCCAUAAGCACGAAGAAACAACCCGAACCAAUGAAGCUGUCUUACGUGUAAAAAUUUAUUACCUGCAUUGCGCAAGACUUGUUGAAUGCUAUAAGAAAAGAGUGUGAAUGGAAAAUUUCUGUAAAGCCCAGCAGCUACACAAGUUUCAUCAGCAGGCACUUUUGGAGCCUUUAAAGCAAAAUCAUGAGGAAAUGAAAGAAAAAAGGAAAAAAUCAUUUUUAUCGAAUAUUUUGAAUGCUUAUUAUAAGCGAGCUAUGUUUACUUAUUUUAAUGCGUUUGCAUCGAAGUGUAUUAAAAGGAAAAAUAAGGCGAUUUUGUUUAAGUCAAUGCUUGUGAAAAAUUAUUUAACUCUGCCUCCUUUAAAUUGGAACAAAAGAUAGGUAUUUUAUCCAUUUUUUGGUGCUUUAAUCCCCAUUUAAAUUGAAACAAUUUUUUUCAAUGAGAAAAGUAUUAUGGGCGAAAACUAAUUUUAAUAAAAUUAAUUUCGACCGAAUUUAAUAGACAAAUUCAAGUAGAAUAUUAUUUAAACAGUUUUGUAUGCUAAAUGAUUAAGUUUUAGAAUUAAUUCUUAAUAAAAUAAAUUAAAAUUCAAAAAUAUAGCUUUCAAUUUAUAUUUUUUGAUUUUUUAGAAAAUUUUAUAAAUUUUUUUACAGAAAAAAUUUAAUAUAAAUUUUCUAAUAAAAAUUUAGUCCCCUUUAAAUUGGAACAGGAUUUUUGCUCUUAUUUAAAGAGAGUUAAGAGAAAAAUUCAAAAAUUUUCAAUUAUAUAAAUUGCAAGCUCUUGAGCAUAAAUCAGCUGACUCCCCCCCCUUUAAAUUGAAACAAAAUAUAGGUAAAAUUCCUACUUUUUUGGGAAAUUACCCCCCCUUUAAAUUGAAACAAAAUUUUAUUAUAUUAGAAAAUUUUAUAGGUAAAAAUCAUUAUUUUAUAUGUAAAUACGUUAAUACCCUAUUUAAUAUGCUUCAAAAAUAUAAGAUUUAGAAAUUAAACUCUAUUUUGUCCAAUUGUUAUGGGGAGAGUUAGAAGAAUACCAUUUCAGUAAGUUUACACUUUGAGAUUGAGAAAUUUAUGAAUUAAUUUUUCAUGAAAUUAUAAAAUUUUAUCUCUGAAAAAAAUUUUAUAUAUAAAUUUUUUUAUAAAAAAAUUUUCUUAACCCCCCUUUAAAUUGAAACAAAAUUUUUUGUUUCAAUUUAAAGGGGGGGGGAGUGAGCAAAUUAAGGAAAUUGAUAAGAAAAAUACAGAAAAGGUAGCGAGAAUUGAAAAAGAUAAUGAGCAAAAAAGAAAAUUAGAACUGAUAAGUAUGUUGAAAAUGGGGAUUAAUAAAAGAAUAGCUGAAGCAAUAUUUUUAUGAAAAAAUUAUGUUAGUGAGCAAAAAUUAAACAGAUCUAAAGACGCAAAAAUUAUAAGGGAAUGGCGUAAUAUUGCAAGAAAAUAUACAAAAAACGGUAUUAUAGCUGCAAUAAAAGCAGUAUCAAACCAUAAAUCCAGCGAAAAUAAUAAAAAUGAGACAAUAAUACGGGCUUUAUAUUGCUGCAUCCAGCAGCAUAGGCUAGUUCUAUCCAAAGCUAUAUCAAAAUGAUCAAGAAAUAUAAAAGAUCAAGAAAACCACACAAAAACCACAGAAAAUAAAAUUUUAGAUUCAAAUAAUAAAGACUUAAAAAAACAAGUAAAAAGCUUAAACGAUGAAAUGAUAGGAUCUAAGCUGAGCCUCUCACAAAAAAUAAACGAUCUUAUGUCCCAGAACCUAGAAAAAGAAAAAAUUCAAUCCGAGCUACAAAAAGAAGUCCAAUCCCUUUUAUUAGAAAACCAGCAUAAAGAUGAAGAGCAUAAACAAAUAGUUUCCCAACAAACAGUCCAAGCUUUUAAACUUCUUUUAAUGAGAAGGCAAAUGCUAUUUUCCUCUGCAUUUUCUAAAUGGAAAUUUGAGACUAUAAAAUGAAAAAUGCAGGUGGAAAACCAAAAUAAGGCAAAACUAGACAAAAAUAAUUUUGCAUUUUUACAGAAAUGGCAUAGUAUGAGUGCAAAAAGGUGGACAAAAAUUAUGAGUUCUGCUAUACACCAGCUUCAAGCUAAUUCUAGGCUGAUUGCUCAUAACAGGCUAUUAUGAAAUAGGCUGAUUUCUAGGAUGUGUGAAUUUGAUAAUAAUAGACAGAAGAAAUAUAUAAGAAAAUGAAAUGAAAAAGUAAAGGAAAGCCAAAUGAGGACGAAAUUCUUUUUUGUUAGCAAAGCUCUAGAAAGAAGAUAUAUUGACAUGAGUGCAACUUUUAAAAAAUUUAAGACACUUUUAGAAGCUCAACACAAAAUUCAGCAUAUAAACCAGAAAAAUAAAAUAGAAUUAUUAAUCCGCGCAUACUGUAAAGGAAUGAAUAUCAACUAUUAUAAAUUUUUCUCAAAGUUUAAACUUCAGCUACAAAAAAAACACAAAAAAGAAUCCCUGCUAUUAAGAGCAUUAUUACAUGGAGAAAAAACACAAAAAUUAGCCUUAUCAAAAGCAGUUGAAAAGCUAAAAUAUAAUGUUUUAGAAAAGAAAAAAUCAGAUUUGUUAAAAAUACAAGCAAAAAAACAAGCAAGGAUGGAUGAAGAAGAAAAAAAAGCAAAAAAAUCAUUGCUUGAAAAACGAAAAAUGGAGUCUUUAAAGCAUCUUUUAGUAAAAGUGAAAUUUAGCAUGAAAAAAGCAUUUGACGCUUUAGCUUAUGAAACCAAAAAACAAAUUGCUGUAGAAAAGGUAGAGAAAAAGCUAGAUGUUCAAAGCCGGCGAAUAAAAUAUAUACAAAAAUGGAUGGAUUUAGCAGAAUUCAGAAAAAAUUCGGUGAAAUAUUUUUUUGGCAAAUAUAAAUUUAUUGCUACACAAUUUUCAAAUAAAGUAAAAAAAGAUGAAAAAAUGGUAAGAAAUGUCCUCGGGAAACUCAAUAAAUUAGUAGAAAAUAAAAGAUUAAAAGAAAUUGGAAAAAAAGUUAUGAGAAGAGGAGCAGAACAAAUUUCAGAAUUAAUUACAAAUUCGUUUAAAAAAUGGAAAAAUAAUUCGAAGGCAGUUUCUGAAGAAAAAAUACUUGAAGAAGUUUUAAUAGAACCAGAAGAAUUGCAGCCUCAAAGGGCUACCAAAAUAAGCCACCCAUCUCAAAAGCAAAUGCAUAAGCUAGGCAGGUCUAAUGACAAAUCACAAAAGCAAAAAGAAUUAAUUUUAAGAAGAAUUGUUUCAGUAAGAUCAAAACUUGACAAUAAAUCCAAAAUAAUUGAAAAAUUAGACACUAGCUUUGAAAACUCCUUAUGUGAUCUUCAGCAAAAAAUAUGGCUGAAAGCGACAGCUUUAUCUUUACUCCCAAAAGACCUCCAAAAAAACUCUGGAAAUGCUGAGCUAGAAAAAAAAUUUUACAUAAAUGUCAUUGACCAGCUUAAGAUAAGAUUAAAUGAGUUAACUCGCAAAAUAAAUUUUACAAGGCAAGAAAUUAAUGAACUUCAACAGAGGAAAAAUGAACUCCCGGAUUUAUUAGUGAGCACAAGAGGAGAAUGCGAAGUAGCUGAUGAAAAAAUUGAAAAACUGAAAGCAAGUAUACAAUAUUUGAAAAAACCAAAAAUAGAUUGGAAAGAUAUUCUUAUAGAUCAUGAAUAAUUCAAAUUUAAAUUAAUAUUUAUUUUUUAUUGUAUUAAUAUAGCUAAGAGUAGUAAUGAUACAAAUAAAAGUCUAUCUCCUAUCAAGUUAAAGCUUGAAAAUGAUAUUGUACUUACUCAUAUUUUUAUUUUAAAUUAGCAUUUAGAAAAAAUAAUUUUUAGUGCCAGAGCUUAUCGCUUAAUUUGUUCAUAUCAAAAAUUUUAUAUAUACCAAAAUGUGGGAAAAAAAUUUCAGAAUCAGUAUAAUGUCAUUGCCAAUGAAAAACCAAAAAAGCUUGAAAGUCGAUUCAGCAAGCCAAUCACAAAACAAACUGCAGACUUAAAUACACAACGACAAAUCAGCUUAUUCGAGUUUGCAAUAAUCAGCUUCAUUAUAGGCUUUUCACUUAGCUGACUACUAGGUUUUCAUUUAAUUCCUCAUAGCUAA